GGAAGUGACUCCUCUCCACCAGUUACACUGAACGUAAAAUAUCCUCCAAGAACUCCAGUUCUCACCUCAUUCCUGGAGACUCAGAAGGGAAACCUGGUCAUGGUUCAGUGUGCCGUAGACAGCAAUCCUUCCUCAGAAAUGAGGUUGUACAAAGAUGGGACCCUCAUCGCCAGUUCUCCUUUCCAUUGGGCUCCAAGAGAAAGGAUCCAAGUGACCUACAAGAAGAAUUCUCUGAGCCUAGAGAUCCGGGAUGUGACCUUAGCUGAUGAAGGGAUGUACAGCUGUCUUGCCAAUAAUUCUGAAGGCAUUGCAACUGCAAGUGUGAAGCUUAUUGUAGAAAUGGUAAGAGUGGUGGUAUCGCCGUCUGCGGAGGUAGAAGAGGGGAAUGAAGUCAGACUGACUUGUGUG